AUUUAAACCGCUUUAAAAAAAACAAAAAACAAAACAUUCUAAAGUGUUUUAUACCUGAACAAACGAUUAGCCUACAAACUUAUACUUUUCAUGAGAUAGAGAGAGAUACAUGUUGGGUGUAAGUUAUGCCCAGUUGUCUGCACUAAUAUAGUAUAUCAGUAAAUGCAGUACUUGCGUAAGUGCGCUCGGCAAGCUAGCUGAUUAGCUAGCUAGCUAGCUAGCUCUUACAGGUGCUGCUUCGACUAGGACAAGCCAACUGUUUGUCUGAGAGGCUCAAAGUGAGAACAACCCAGCGUCCCCCAACCACGUGAAGUAAGGUGCGUCCAGCGGAUUCACUAACAUGGAUGAAACUUUUGACUUUGCUGACUACCCUUGAGCACAACCAGACAAUGUCGGCUUGAAGAGGACAGAAUCAGUCGUGUUUCACGGACGUCUAAGAAGAUACCGUUCCUCCUGCACAACUAGAAGAAUUGCGUCUGCUGCUUCAAGGACUGCGAGAUUGCCUCAUCACUCCAUGGGACUCCAGACCUGGCCGCCAAGCAAACCACCUCUGUCCUCCAUGGCCUGCCUUGACGUGGAGACCCCUUCCAUCUGCAGGGGUAAAUUCAAAUCAGUCCUCCAGCUCUGUCUGCAGCAGAGGAGAACUCGGGAGCAGCUUGUGGAGCAAGGCAUCAUGCCGCCUCUGAAAACACCUGCUGCCUUUCAUGAGCAGAUCCGCAGCCUGGAGAGAGCCAGGACUGGGAGCUUCUUAAAGCACAAACUGUGCAGCAGACCUGAGCGCUCUGAGCUGGUCCGUAUGCACAUCCUGCAAGAGACGCAGGCUGAAGCCUGUCUGCAGGCCACUCAGAUGAAGCUGAAGAGAGCCCGACUGGCUGAUGAUCUCAAUGAGAAGCUCUCCCAGCGGCCUGGACCCAUGGAGCUGGUGGAGAAGAACAUCCUGCCCGUUGACUCCGGCGUGGAAGAAGACAUUGACGAUGCAGGCCCCACAGGUGGUGAAGUGAACGACUCCAAACCAACAGACGUUUACAACUUUGACGAGGACAGCGGCGAUGCUUUGUCCCCACAACAGCCGGCCGUCCAAAAGUCUCCCGGCUCCACGUCUGCGUCUCCACGAGGGUCCGCAGGGACUGAGGCCACUUCUACUUCCUCUGACCUCAACUCUCCCAUACAGCGCUCCCCACCACCGAACUCACAGUCCUCGUCAAACGUAGUCAGCCUCGUCUCCACCGGUGAGCUGCAAAACAUCCAACAAGCAUCUGCACCUCAGCCAAUCGCUGCCGUUGUCCCCAGCGUCACGCCGGGGCCGCUUCUCGUCAAGCAAAGCCUCCCCAGGCUGCCUGGAGAUAAGAGCCGCGGCAAGAAAAGCAAAGAGCCCAAACCACGGGUGAAAAAGUUAAAGUACCAUCAGUACAUCCCCCCGGACCAGAAGCAGGAGCUCAAUGAAGUUCUGAUGGACUCUGCUUACGCCCGUCUCCUGGAGCAGCAGCAGCAGUUCCUGCAGCUUCAGAUCUUAAACCAGCAGCAGCAGCAGUUCAGCUACCAGGCCGUGCUGCCUGCCACACUCAAACCAACAACUGAGGUACAAACCAGCUGUUCCAGCGCAGCUCUGAGUGGAAACGCUGCGUCUACCCCUGUGCAGCCCUGGCACACUCAGACGAACCGCAGGCCGGAUCAUUUACCCGUUCAUCUGGAGGAGAUGAAGGUUGCUGAGCUGAAAAUGGAACUAAAACUCCGAUCUUUGCCUGUUUCUGGGACUAAGACAGAUCUGAUAGAGAGGCUAAAGUUGUAUCAGGAGAACUCCAAGACUGCUGCUGCCAUUGAGACAACAGCCUCACAGUCUGACAACAUAAAGUUAACCCCGCCUGUGUCUCCGAUAGCUUCCAAGGUGUCGAGUCUGGGCAUAGAGGACAGCCCGACCAAGCCUCCAGAUGCUCCCUGUGUGAACUCCCCGCGGACAGCUCCACAGGAGGAGUGUCCCACACGGACGAGGCCCUACGCGAAGGACUCUGAGAAGGACAAACGUCUCCACGAGAAGGAGCGGCAGAUUGAGGAGCUGAUGAGGAAGCUGGAGCAGGAGCAGAGGCUGGUGGAGGAGCUGAAGAUGCAGCUGGAGGUGGAGAAGAGGAGUCAGCAAGGAGAUUCUCCCCCUCAGCUCAGCCCUCUUGCUCCCCUCCAGGUCAAAGAGGAAAACGGGAGCUUGUCAAACUGCUCAGCGUCUUGUGCUUCUCCUGGUCUGACAGUGUUGGUCAAACAAGAGGAGGUGGCUCCUCAAACUCAGUUCAUCAUCAGUCAGCAGACUAUCAAGCAGCCAGUCCAGGCCGGAGCUCAGAUCCUCCUGCCUGCAUGCCGUCCUGCCUCAGCACUCACUAUCCAGCUCCCUGCCAGCAGCAUUAAAUUACACACUACUGUUAGCGGCGCGGCCCCAGGCCUCAUCCAGACAUCUGGACAGGUGCCACAGAAAACAAAGGCCUCAGCAGCAUUACAGCAGUGCAGCACUCAGCCCCCGACAGAGACUUGGAGGAUGGGUACAGCACAAAGCUUACUUGACACAUUCCCGGCGAGUGGAAGUCCUGUGGGAGCCUCCCCGAGCCCAGCCGCUCCUAAAGAUCCUACUAAUAAGCCUCCCUGCACCAGCCGGCCAACGCUGCUCUUGCCAAAAUUCACAAACCAUGUGUCGAAGUGUAAAGACCCGCCCCGCUAUGAGGAUGCCGUUAAACAGACACGCAGCAUGCUAACAGCUGUUCAGGGUCCCACUGCAGCGAGCCAGCAGAUGGACGACUUGUUUGAUGUGUUAAUCGAGAGCGGUGAGAUCUCCCCCUUCAUCAGACAGGAUCCCCCCAGCCUCGACAAGCCUCUCCCUGUGACGGCCAGCGUCACCACGCUUCCCAUAAACACGGUUUUAUCUCGCCCUCCACCUUUGAUCCAAGUGGCCCAGCUGCCUGCAGAACAGCUCGACCCCUCGGCCAGCUUGGCCCUCACCUCUGACACCCAGCUGGAGACCCUCCUGGGGGCUCACACGGAGCCACAAACACUGAAGCUGCUGGAGGAGCUGCACUCACCUGUGGUUAGCAUGGAGGUGGACUCGCCCUCUGCUUUGAACUUGCACAGCACCAACAUGGACAAUAUGGAUUGGCUGGACCUCACCCUGUCUGUGCCGGCAGAGGGCGUCAACCCUUUGGACAUGUCAGCGCCAGCGGGCGUCUUCUCCUCCGACUUCCUGGACUCACAUGAACUGCACUUAAACUGGGAAUGACUGCCGUCGAGGAGAAUCCGUACACCUAUCGGACGCUUUCAGAUACUUUUUUUAUGCAAAGGCGGAUGACUUUUGUUUCCAAUGUGGAGAAAUAAGGGCUUUCGGAGAUAAGGCAGCUCUGUGUUGCUUUCUGCCGAUAAUAAUCAGCUCAGUAAUAAUCUCAUAUGUGCCGCAUCAGUUUAGAAGUUCCUGCUUUCCUCCCUUUGAGGUCUUUAAAGCCUCGGAUUGUACGGGGAGACUGACAGAAAGUAGGACCGGUACAGAUUGAGCUGACAGUGGAAGAAGCUUUGAAAAUGUAAUCUGAAGUCAUGCCAUUAGUUAUCAACCACGUUAUUGCUUUCUCCUCGUCCUCUGAAUGUACACAUUGACGGAGGUAAUAACCGAAGAAAAGCAGGAGGAAAGUCCUAAUGCUGGUUAAAGGACAAACUGCAUGUAGCGAGGGAGGGGGGGCAGUUGUUUAGUUCACUCCACCCUGUCUCGGAAUGAUUAUUACUAUCAAAACAGAUUGUAAACACACAAGUAGUAAACGUUCCCCCUGUGUAUAUGUGAAUGUGAUAUAAGACCACGGAGUGUCAAACCAGCUCGACCAAACAAGUUCUGCAAAACACUCUCGACCAGCUCUGACGAGACGUCCAGCCGCGUGCCGAUCAGCCGAAUACUGCGCACGCUUUAGUAACACCGAUGUAUACCCAGGGCACAGCGUUAGCACCGUUUACCAGCCAAAUGUGGCGACAGUAGAUUUGCAUCACUAACCAGCUAAAAGGAAACACUGGUAAUCUAUGGAGUGGCUGGUGAAAUCAGAAAAUGCACGAGCCAUUUGGCUGGUGGACAAAAAAAAGCACAUUUUGCACCCGGCUUGUGUUGCCAGAGUAAGAUACAGGUACGGUCACCUGAUGACGAGUCGUCUGUGUCGCAUCAUCAACAUCCAUCAAAUUGUUCUUGGAACUUGAUUCGUCGACUCCUAAAGGGUUAAAGAAUGACGCUCAGCUUUGUUUUUGUUUAGGUAGUUUAUUCCAGAAGUGUAAGCACGGCGGGCCAUACCGACAAUCUCUCUGUGCAGCUUUACAAUAUAGAUAUAUAUAUAUAUAUAUAUAUUUAUAAUAACAGACAAACAAAACAAAUAACUUCCAUCUGUGUUGUUCACUCACUUCACACUGAAGUAACAUUGCAGUUGGUUUGUGUUGCAGUGACAUCUGCUGGCCACAUCUGAAUCCAAUCGGGUCGCACUGCUUUACUUUUCUUUAGCAAAUGGCAAAAUAUGACUUUACAUAACAUACGGUGUCAAAGAAAGCAUUAUACACAACAUGAUGCACCGCAGCGGGAGAGGUUCUGGGCGUCGGGCUGGACGUGCAUAAAGGUCAUUGCACUGUUCUUUUGUUGGGUCAUUAGGAAUGGACUCUGCUCUGCAGGUGAUCUGGAGCGUUGCUGACAAUCAUGAAUGUUGAGGGAAUUGUUGUACAAAGGAUUUAUGAGAUUUGUAAUGUUUUCCUGUAAGCACAUUAGUGCCUUAUUUGAGCAUCCAAAUGUCACCCUUAAAAAGGGAUUAUGUGCUGGAAUGAGUAUUUUGUCGUUACUAAACAAGUUUAACUCGACACCAAGAACCAUUGUAAUGUGUAGUUUGUGGACCAUCUCUCUUGACACUUUUAAACCAACUACUUGCCUCCUCAACACUUACCAGCUCAACCUUUUAAAGAUCGACGAUGCUGAAUAUUGUUAAUUUAUCGACUAGCUUUAAGACUGUUGUGAUUGAAGCUGAAACCACAGCUUGAGCGAGGGUCCUCUGAAUAAUCAAGGAUCCAUCUCUAAACCGAGAAAGAGUUUCAGCAACACUGGGCCCACAUAGUUAUCACAUCUGUUUGCUAUGGCUUUGGAUUCCCUCUUGGUGCUUCUUUUCCUGGAUCUCAGUGCAUCACUGUUCUAGACCUGCUGGUGCGGUGACAGUCUUAUCUUAAAGAACACCGUGCGUGUCCUACAGUUAUACUACAUCUACAUUCUUCUGAUGUGAAAUAUGGUGCACCUCAGGGCUUUGUUCUCGGUCCUCCGCUUUUCUUUUUAUUUCACCUCUUAGCCAAAUUAUACGCAGCCAUGGAAUAAAUUUGCAAUGCUACGCUGAUGAUGCUCUUUAUGUAUCCUACGCUUUAUGUGUGUGUAAAAGCAGACGACCAUCCCCAAAGGAUUCAGUUCAGUCUGCUCGUCUGGUCAUGGCCGUGCUUGACAUGGACACCAGUUCAUACAGUAUCGGUGUCUCUUGACAACUGUGUGAUUUCUCAAAGUGACACUAUAGAGAUCUGCCUUGUCUCAUCUACGCAACAUGGCUGAUGCCGAGACUAAUUCAUGCCUUCCAUCCAGACUUGAUUAUAGUAGCAUUUUGAUUUUACUAAAAGUCUUAAAUGUUUCAGAACAUUUUAACUAAAACUACAAGAUUUGACCAAAUGACACAAAGUUUCUCUUCCCUUCAUUGGCUCUCUAUCUAUUAAGGUGCUUCUGAGUAUUUUCUAAAAGGGCCCGCCCCUCUCAGCUCCUUCUUGUUGCUUAUUCUUUGAUUACUUCAGGCCGUACCUGUUACCAUCACCCUCUAUCGUCGACGAGGAUAAGGUAACUUUCUGAAAACCGCUGCUUCUCUCCAUCUUUGUCUCUUUCUCUCUCACAGAUUGUAAAAGCCCCAUGAAGCUGAUUUGUGAUAUUGGGCUAUACAAAUAAACAUGUUUUAAACAUUG